UUUCCCUCACUACGACGGAAAGCCCAGCAGGAAUAUUCUGAGUAGCAGUAUUUUUGAUAGAAAUCAAAGAAAAGAAAAUGGAUUGUGUCUAUUUCCCGGAUAUUUUCAGCAUAACAUCAGUUGCAUACAGAACAGUUGAUGUGUUUGCUACUAUUAGCGAGACCCUAGAGGUCAGCUUCAAUUCGGAAACAGCUGAGUUCCCCAGACAUCAAGUAAUAAGUAUCAUGCAGAAAAUGGUAGAAUACAGACAGAAUAUGGAGUUUCCUGAAAUAAAUAAGAUGUUUUAUUUACUGUCUGAGAUGGUAUUGGGUGUUGUUGGGACACACGAGACCACUAACUAUAUAAGAAAGAAGUCCGUUGCUGAAAGAAUUCAGAACAAGUUCAAAACCCUGGUUACAUCAUCUGACAGUAUUCUGCCUAUUCCUACAUUUGAUCAGAUAAAAACCGAGGAAUACUAUUCAAAGAUCAAUAAAAUGAAUAAACUAAUGAGAGCCCAUACUUACAUUUAUAAAGAGCUACAAAGACAACAAGAGAUGUGUUGGAUUGCUGACAGUAAGGUUCAGAAGUACGACUUAUGCCUGACGACAGCCAAGAUAUCGCGGAACCACCUCGCGGACAAACUAUCUAUUAAAAACCUGAAAGUUCGAGAUGACAGCAUCAAACAAUUACAGAAUAUAUUAAAUGAUAAAAAGCAGAAAGCAGCAGAAACAGCCAGGAGAUACCACACUUUGCUAAAGAAAGAGAACAUGACCAGAAAUACUCUUAGAUUGCUUGAACGUGACCUAUUGGACGACAUCAUAUUCAAUUUAACAGAUCGGAUACACAGUGGAUUGUUGUCUGUGAAACAUAUUUUAGCAACACACACUAACAAACUCUAUGAAAUACUACCUCACAUUGACGACUUUGACUGCAGAUUGGCUGCAGAAUCAAUUAUAGAGAAACUAAGCUCCAAAUACCAGUUUAGUUCACCACAGGAAUUUCACACUGCAAAUGGAUCAAACGUCAAGCUUCCAGAUGUACAAUAUAUUAACUACAAAGCAGACAAACAAAUGAUAACAGAGGAACAAGCAUUUGAGCCGACAAAAGAACAACGCAAUAAUAAUAACGUCAGUUGCCAAGACAACCAGUACAACUUCUUAAGAAACGUAUAUGUGAAGACAAAAGACUUGUCAAAGGGAACAAAUGAGUGCUUCAUCAAACUCGAAGAAGGAAUGAUCAUUAAAUUGAAAGUUGUAACAGACGAGUCAGAAGUUGCCUUUGGAUGGUACAAGUCAAACCCUUGGAGUCAAAAGAAAUGGGGAUUCUUUUGUAAAUCUACGGAAAGCAUGAAUUUAACAUAAACACUGAAGAGAUAUGGACCUAAUUUGAUAGUUUUUAAAAGAACUACGACUACCAUUGACUUUGAUCAUGUUUUAAUUAAUAUUGAGCUGUGGAAUAUACAUGUGUUUAUGUGUCGAUCUGUGUGCUUGAGAGAGGAUAGUCUGUGUGACGGUGUAUGUGUGAGUAAAUAUUGUGAAAGGGUGUUUAUAAUUAUGUGUGCGAUAUGGGAGAAAGCGAGGGUUGAUGUAUUUGUUUUGUGAUGUAUG